CUCGGUUAAGAAAAAGAAUCUAUUAUUUAUGAAAUUUAUUGAUAAAUACUCUAAAUGACGCCAACAUUUUUCUUUGCAACACCAUACGAAUUAGACUCACGAAAAAAAUAAAAAAUAUAGUGUCAACAAUUUUUGAUAAAAAUUAAUUAAACGAGUCAAUACGACAUAACGCGUUCAUUAAGCGGGUCGGGUUAGCGUUCAACACAACAUAAUCUCAUUGCUCAAUCGAGUGAUACACUCCAAACAUUGCCUUCAGUAUCUUCCAACCCAAUCAUCUCUCUCCUCUUCCACCUUCCUCACUCCAUAACCAUGGAAGCUCUAUCUCUCUCCUCAGCAAAGCUCGCCUUCAACCCCUCUCACUUUCGCCCUAACUACUUCCGCUUUCUCUCUCUCUCAUCUCCCUCAAUCUUCCCCAAAUUCAAAUCCCCUCCUUCAAUUUCCCCAAAUCGCUCCGCCAUUUCCGUCAUCAAAUGCUGCAGUACUUUCUCCGCAAAACCCUCGUCGGAGCUCCGGAAACUCCGGCAAGCGCGUGCUAAUCACGACGAAAAGCUCCGAGCAUUGCGCGAGCUUUUCUCUAAGCCUGGCGUCGGUAUUGAUGCUUAUAUCAUCCCUUCUCAGGAUGCUCACCAGAGUGAAUUUAUUGCUGAGUGUUAUAUGCGGAGGGCCUAUAUUUCUGGCUUUACUGGGAGUGCUGGCACUGCUGUUGUCACAAAGGAUAAAGCGGCUUUGUGGACAGAUGGACGGUACUUUUUGCAGGCUGAAAAGCAACUGAGCUCUGAUUGGAUACUCAUGCGUGCUGGUAAUAUGGGUGUCCCCACUAUGUCUGAGUGGCUUAAUGACGUGCUUACACCUGGCUCCAGAGUUGGCAUUGAUCCUUUCCUCUUCUCGUUUGAUGCUGCUGAAGAACUCAGAGAUGAUAUAUCUAAAAAGAACCAUGAAUUAGUUCUUCUGUCCAAGGCCAAUCUUGUAGAUGAAAUUUGGAAGGAUUCAAGGCCACAACCUCCAAGAAAACCUGUGAGAUUGCAUGAAUUAAAGUAUGCUGGAGUAGAUGUUUCUUCAAAGCUAUCUUGGUUGAGAUCCCAGCUUGCAAAUGAUGGUUGUUCUGCUAUGGUGAUUACCAAGCUUGACGAAAUUGCUUGGUUGCUUAAUUUGAGAGGAAGUGAUAUUCCUCAUUCUCCUGUUAUGUAUGCAUAUUUGGUUGUGGAGACUGAUCAAUCCAAGUUAUUUAUUGACGAUAGUAAAAUCACAUCAGAGGUGAUGGGUUACUUGCAGAAUGCUGGUGUAGAGUUGAGACCUUAUGAUUCAAUCUUGAAUGCAGUUGAGAAUUUGGCACUAGAAGGGGCUCAUCUUCUGAUCGACACAGCAACUGUAAAUGCUGCUAUUGCCAACACCUUUAAGUCAGCUUCCAAUAACAAAAAGGAAUAUAAGUCUAGGUCAUAUGGUAGCUCUAAUGGUGGUUCUAAUGGAGCAACUGCUGUGUAUAGGAGCUCCCCAAUUUCCCUUGCAAAAGCACUGAAAAACCAUGCUGAAAUAGAAGGGAUGCGCAAUUCUCAUUUAAGGGAUGCAGCUGCUGUAGUACAAUUCUGGUCCUGGCUGGAAGCUGAAAUUAGCAAGGGUCUGACAUUGACAGAGGUGGAAGUGUCAGACAAACUUCUUGAGUUUCGUUCCAAGCAAGAUGGUUUUGUGGAUACAAGUUUUGAUACUAUAAGUGGUUCUGGUCCGAAUGGUGCAAUAAUUCAUUACAAACCAGAACCAGAUAGUUGCAGCAUUGUGGAUCCUGAAAAACUCUUCUUGCUUGACAGUGGAGCACAAUAUAUUGAUGGUACAACAGACAUAACAAGGACUGUUCAUUUUGGUGAACCUACUUCUCGAGAAAUAGAGUGUUUCACUCGUGUUUUACAGGGUCAUAUAACUCUUGAUCAGGCGGUAUUCCCCGAAAAUACACCUGGCUUUGUUUUGGAUUCUUUUGCGCGCUCUUCUCUUUGGAAAAUUGGACUUGAUUACCGCCAUGGGACUGGCCAUGGUGUAGGAGCUGCAUUAAAUGUUCAUGAAGGCCCUCAAAGUAUUAGUUUUCGAUUUGGAAACCUGACACCCUUGCAGAAAGGCAUGAUUGUUAGCAAUGAACCUGGGUAUUAUGAAGAUCAUGCAUUUGGUAUACGCAUUGAGAACCUCCUUUUCGUGAAAGAAAUGGAUACACCAAACCGCUUUGGAGGUCUUGCGUAUCUGGGAUUUGAAAAGCUUACUUUUGUUCCUAUCCAGAGCAAAUUGAUCGAUUUAUCCUUACUAUCUGCUGUUGAAGUUGAUUGGCUUAAUGAUUAUCAUGACCAAGUUUGGCAAAAGGUGUCACCAUUGCUGGAUGGUUUAGAACGUCAAUGGCUUUGGGAAAACACACGGCCUCUUGUCAAACAGUGAAGCUGAUCUGCUUCUUGUUUUACUUUGCCUCACGGCUUUUACAAAAAUGUACUCGUCUGUUCAUAAUGCUGGGUGCAAUAUGCUGUGCACUUUGGUUGACAAUUAUAUAUACUGUGCUUGUACAGAAUUCUGCACCAUUUAUUUGUUAAGAUUCAUGUUUUAUUUCA